UUCAAUUCCUUCCUUGGCUUUAUCUCUGCAGAUCAACGAAGUACACAAAAAAGAAAAUGCACAAAUUUGAGUUUUAGCAGAGAGAAAAGCUCAAACAGACUCUCUACCUCCACCUCCACUCCACUCCACAACUUCAAAUUCCUUUUUUGUACUUGGAAAAUCCAUUCUUGAUUGUUUAAUGGUCUUCUUCUGUUUCCAAUGAACAUUAGUUUUUUGGUUGUGGGAUCUCUGAAAUCAUGUAGGAAAUUACUCUUUUGCUUCAGAAUCACAAACAUUUAGGGAUUUCGGUUCAUGAAUUUGGGGUAUGGGUUUUGCUGUGUAUAGUUGUUUAUUGAGUAUAUUUUGAUUUGGGAUUUACUUUAAAUGUGCAAAGACCUAUUAUAAAAGUUUUGAUCUUGGAAUUGGGUUUUAGGAGAAAGAGGUUUGUAGAAAAAUGGGAUCUGGGAAUGGGUUUUAUUCGGGUUCAGAGUUCAAUUUGGACCCGAAGUGGUUGGUUGAUCCGAAUUAUCUUUUCGUGGGACCGAAGAUUGGAGAAGGAGCUCAUGCUAAGGUUUAUGAGGGGAAAUAUAAAAAUCAGAAUGUCGCGAUCAAAAUAGUUCAGAAAGGGGAGACGCCAGAAGAGGUUGCCAAGAGGGAAGGCAGAUUUGCGAGAGAAGUCGCAAUGUUGUCCAAAGUUCAACACAAGAAUCUGGUUAAGUUUAUCGGAGCUUGCAAGGAACCUGUCAUGGUGAUUGUAACUGAGCUUCUGCUUGGUGGGACACUCCGGAAAUACUUGCUAAACAUGCGGCCCAAAUGCCUGGAUGUGAGAGUUGCAAUUGGAUUUGCACUUGAUAUAGCUCGUGCAAUGGAAUGUUUGCACUCGCAUGGAAUCAUACAUCGUGACCUUAAACCCGAAAACUUGCUCUUAACAGCAGACCACAAAACUGUUAAACUUGCGGAUUUUGGUUUGGCAAGAGAAGAAUCAUUGACUGAGAUGAUGACUGCCGAGACUGGAACAUAUCGAUGGAUGGCCCCAGAGCUCUAUAGUACAGUAACACUGAGACAUGGAGAGAAGAAGCAUUAUAAUCACAAAGUUGAUGCUUACAGUUUCGCUAUUGUACUGUGGGAGCUCAUACAUAACAAGUUACCAUUUGAAGGCAUGUCAAAUCUGCAGGCAGCCUAUGCAGCUGCUUUUAAAAAUGUAAGGCCGAGUGCGGAUGAUCUUCCUGAUGAUUUAGCUUUAAUUGUGACUUCAUGUUGGAAAGAGGAUCCAAAUGCCAGGCCCAACUUCAGUCAGAUAAUUCAGAUGCUUCUUCAUUCUCUCUCAACAAUUUCACCUCCUGAACAUGUUGCGCCUCCGAGACUUUUCACUUCUGAGAAUGCUGUUUUCCCACCUGAAUCUCCCGGCACAAGCUCUUUGAUGGCAAAGAGGGACGACCACACAGGGGAUACGCCAAAAAUGCCAAUGGAGAAUGAGCCAAGAGGAUUCUUCUUCUGUUUUAACCAGUGCUACUAAUCUCAAAAGAAAAUGGUAAUUGGGAUUUCAACUAUCAGGCCAAAGACAUUACAAGCAGAAAUCCUUUAGGUCAUGUUUGGAACGCAAUGAUGGACAUGACCAGACAAUACAAUGGACAAGAUUCAAACAUUGUUUUCUCUGGUAUUGACUAAUCCACAUUACCAAACAUGUCAUUAGCAUAUAAAGAUGUUAAUUUUCAACUUAGUGUUAAAUAUAAAAAGUCCCUUUACUGUUAUUAUAUCAGCUGACUCAAAUGCUGGAAACCCUUUUAGAUUAUAGAGUUUGGGUUGCUGUGAUGUAUUAUGGCUGUAAAAUAAGAGAUCCAUCCAAAGGCCUUUACUCCAUUAUUUUGUUAAAAUUUUGCAUUUAUGCUUGGCUGCCAGUUUCUGAGCAUUUAUUCUUGUUGAAUUUCCCAUCCUUAUGGAUAUAUGUUAGUGUGACU